CAGUUUUUAUUUUUCUGGUGUGGCAGCAAUACGCUCCCGUCAUGGUGAGUUAGGUUUUUUUUAAUCGUGAUAAAUGCACGUCAAGAAAAGAUUCCCAUGAUCCCACAGUUUGUAGUUUACAGAUUAGCCUGCUAGCGCUGGCUAGCAAAGCAAAUACAAAGCAGGAGAGGAAGGAGUCUUCAGUUCAACAAGAGAGGUAAGAUGACCUCGUCUGCCCUUGGCCAGUCGGCAUCCCUGGUUCCAAACCUGGAGCCCGGGAUGGGGAAGUCUGCAGCCAUGCUGGGGUUGUCUGCUGUUGGGGGAGCAGAGAUGGAGCUGCAGAAAAUGCUCAUAGAUGAGAGGAUGAAGUGUGAAAACCACAGGACCAACUACCAAACGUUGAAGGCUGAACAUGCAAGCCUUCAGGAUGAGUUUACGCGGGCGCAGGGUGAACUGAAGCGGCUGCUGAGCGACAGGCAGGCUCAGCAGGAGAAACUGCAGCUGCUGUUGGCUGAGCUGCGAGGAGAGCUGCUGGACAAAACCAGGGAGCUGGAGGAGCUCCGACUGCAGGUGAUGACCCCUCAGCGGUUGGAGUUGCUCAGAGCUCAGGUGCAGCAGGAGAUGGAGGCUCCAGUCAGAGAGAGGUUCAACAAACUCGAGGAGGAGACAGAGAAGUACAGAUCUGAGUACAACAAGUUGAGGUAUGAGUACACCUUCCUCAAGUCCCAGUUUGACCACCAGAGGGAGGAACAUGCUCAUAUACUGGAGGAGAGGAGGAUUCGCUAUGAGGCAGAGAUCUCUCGUCUGGAGAAGGAUAGGGAGGACCUGGUGGCUCAGUACCAGGGCUCAGACCCUCUGCGUGACGGGAAACGAGUGGAAGCUCUGCUGAGGGAGAAAGCCCAGCUCCACCUACGGCUAAAGGGCCUGGAGGCAGAGGUGGCCGAGCUCCGAGCCCAGAAGGAAAUCGGUCAGCAGGCUGAGAACGUCCAACGUAUCCAGAUCAGACAGCUGUCAGAGUCUCAGGCUGCAGUGAAGUCACUGGAGGUGGAGCGUCAGUCACUACGUCUGCAGCUGGAGCGGAUGGAGAGUGAGCUUCAUCAGAGCCACGAGCAGAACAGCCAGCUCACAGGGCGACUGCACAAAGCUGAGAGAGAGGUCAACUCCCUCACCUGCCAGAUUGAAAGCCUGAAGCAUUCACAUAAACUGGAGGUGGCCAGCAUCAAACUGGAGUGUACCCGCUCUAAAGGGGAGAUGGAGAGGGAGAGAGACACUCUGCAGGGGCAGAUGGAAGGUAUGGAUCUCUCUCUCUCCCUCCCUCACACACACACACACACACACACACUGCUCAACUCUCUGCAGUGAGAUGUGCUGAGGUCCUGACUUUCUGUUUGUCUUAUGCCUGUUUUUUGUUUUCUUACAACUUCCUUUGAUUUGAUUUGAUUUACUGACUCGGGGCUGUGAUUACACAGUAUGGAGAAUUAAGUCUUUUAUGUCAUUCAUCUCUACCUCCCACAUUCAUUGUGUGGGAGACCUGUCAAAGGGCCAA